ACUCCAAGCAACAAGAACAUCGGAUUGACUCCAGUAGGAGCGAUCUAACAGCAGGCAGACGGCUGUUGCAGAAGGGCAACGAUGAUCAACAAGAGAACAACAUUGCCCAGGAGACCACGGAGGAUUACCCGACCUGGGUAAAGGCCGACGUCUCCGAGAUCGAGAAGGAGUUGAUGGGGAUGGUUGAGUCACAGAACGGGACGAGCAAUGACAGUGAGGAAUGCUCCCUUCCAGCAUAUGAGGAGUUUCCUCACGAUGGCUUAACGGCGCAGCAACGCGCACACGGGGCCAUCAUCCUACACAUCCUCGUCACCAUUUACAUGUUCCUCGGCCUGGCGAUCAUCUGCGAUGACUACUUUGUAUCAUCAUUAGAGAAGAUAUGCUCGAGGUUGAACAUAGGAGAGGAUGUUGCCGGGGCAACGUUUAUGGCAGCUGGAAGUUCCGCACCAGAACUUUUCACCUCUAUCAUAGGUGUGUUUAUAGCCAAAGGAGAUGUUGGAGUAGGGACCAUAGUUGGCUCAGCCGUAUUCAACAUUCUGGCUAUCAUUGGCCUAUGUGGCAUCGCUGCCGGAAUGGUAGUGGAAUUAACGUGGUGGCCACUGUUUAGAGAUACAAGCUAUUACAGCCUUGCUAUUGUGAUUCUUAUUGUGGUAAUUUUCAAUGGGGAAGUCACCUGGUAUGAAUCUGUUAUUAUGCUAGUCAUGUAUGCCAUCUAUAUUGUCAUUAUGAAAUUUAACUCGAAAAUUGUGUGGAAAAUGGCGCAGCGGAAAGUAGAGAAGGAGCAUGAAGAACACGGGGAUCAUGUGGAUACACACUCAAUUGGCUUACCAGAGCACGUACGCACAAUUUACGAGGAGGAAAAUGGCGAGAGAAACUCCAUAGAGAUAUCCGUACCCAUGGUGCAAAUGGAUAAAGUAGUAAGAAGGAAGUCUGGAACGGAGAGGGAGGAGGCGAUACAAAGAUAUCUGAAUCAACGACGCAGUAGUGCAACCAGUUUGGAAUAUCAAAGACAGCACAGGUUGGAAUAUCCUGAGGCUGUAACAAAACUUAUGCUGGGAAAACAGUUUUCGGCCAAAACCCGUUUGCAAAUGGCGACUAGAGUCAUCAUUCAAGAGCAGCAGAAGAAGCGCGAUGACAACCUGAACAAGCAGCGAUCGUCGACGAUAAACCAGUCUCAGAUGAGCAUGAAUAGCAGCAUCGGGGCGAUAAUGAAGAGCAACCGCGCUCUGAAGCACGAGAUCACGAAGAGCUAUCUGAGCCUGAGCGGCGCGUUCUCACCGUCCUACAUCAACAUCGCACACGGAGCGCCAGAGACAGAGGAAGACGAACAGGAGGAGUUUGACGACUGGAAAAAGGGACCCCCCACAGCUGAUGGGUGUGUGGCCGUCUUAAAGUGGGUGCUAUUCUUGCCUCUACAAUGCCUCUUCUACGUGUCUGUGCCUGACUGUCGCAAGCAGAGAUGGGAGCGUUGGUUCUUUGUGACAUUCACAAUGUCCAUAGUGUGGAUAGCCGUCUUCUCCUACGUCAUGGUGUGGAUGGUGGCAAUCAUAGGCUACACGAUUCACAUACCCGACAGCAUCAUGGGUAUCACUUUCCUUGCUGCUGGCACCAGCAUCCCAGAUGGCAUGGCCAGCCUGAUCGUAGCCAAGCAAGGUCUAGGUGAUAUGGCAGUUUCUAACAGUAUAGGCAGUAAUGUGUUUGACAUUCUGCUAGGCCUAGCUUUACCCUGGUUCGUAAAGACAGCUAUAGUAUCAUCUGGAGAGACGGUGCACAUUAACAGUAAUGGCCUCGUGUACUCAGUAAUCCUGUUAUUUGGAACAGUGGUUGUUACGAUCGGAAGCAUACAUUUCAACAAAUGGAAGCUGGACAGGAAGCUUGGCUUUGGUCUCUUGGUAGUCUAUGUGGUGUUCUUAGUUUUCUCGUGCCUGAUUGAGUUUAACGUGUUUGGAUACGUCAAUGCACCACCCUGUGCCCGAACAGGCUAUUAGUAACUCCAUGUAGAGCUAUAUCUGUUCUUGUAAAUAAUAGUUCUUUUCGCCAAUUUGUUUUUGUGACUGAAUUUAUUUCUUCCUAUAAGGAUAGACUGAUUGUUUAUGCCAUACAAAACUGUUUGACAUGUCAAGAGUUUUUGAUACAACUUUCCUGGUAUAUCACGCGCUCAGAAUGCACCCAGAUUGAAAGGUUUUCGUGUAUGCACUACACAUAUUUUUCCUUUCCUUCCUCCUUCUCUUGCCAGUGCCCCUGCUUCACUAUCCUGUCGAAGACAAGGACUGUGACACAAUUUUUCUGGUCAUGAUACAUAUCGGGGCGACUGAUAUUUUUAGUGACUAUACGUAGUAGUAGAGAAUUCGUCUGAGAAAACUGUGUAAGAUAUAGAGAUUUAUUAUGGAUAUGAUAGUACAGAAUAAAUAAUUAUUGUAUUAGGUCAGAGAAUAUAUAUUAUGUAAAGUGCAGGUAUGGUUAUAGUGUGUCAUACGUCCAUCACGAUUUAGGGACAGUCGGUCUACAGAUGGGCUGUAGAAUGGAGAUCGUGUGCAGAAUCGAGGUAAAAUUUUAAGUAGAAAAUAAACCUGAUUACAAUUCUGUGAA